UAAAUUCGCAGCUGAUAUAACGACGUGGGGUUUUUUUCCGGUAUGAAAUGGGAUUUUCUGCUCCCGGACGGAGCGUUUUACAGAACCUCAUAGCCAAUAUUUUAAACGACAGAUGUGUUUAUUUUAGUAGUGCAGAUUUGUAUUGAAGUAUAUAAAGCGAUGUUCGGCUGUUGCCCGUGUAAACUCGGAGCAGUAGCGUGCUGUGUGGCUGUCAAGCGCUCCCUCGACUGAGAAAACAAUGCAGGCCUGAUCGCUCAUGUUAGCAACUGCUACUUGCAUCGCCGCUCCAGUGGAUCGCCGCAGUGGGGACUUGAAGCCUUGGGCAAAGCCUUUUUCUGACUGCGCGAGCACACACCGCCCGCUAUGACCUCACAGCUGCAAGUUUUCUCGCCUCCAUCCAUCUCCUCCAGUGCCUUUUGCCGUGUUAAGAAGCUGAAGGUGGAGAACAAUGUUUGGGACGUGUCCACUACCGAAGCGUACAACUCCAUAGCCGGCCAGUCUGCGUAUACCUUUACCCCGGCCAUGGCCGUCCCACCCUUUGCACCGUCCCUGGUCUUCCCCCCAACAGUGCCGGGCUCUCGCGGUCAAGUGGUGGUUCGGGCAGCUGAUAGCACCGGUAGUCUUCCGCGGGGUUCCAGUCGGCGCGUCGCCGAGCACGCGACAUCCUCUUCCUACGCUCAUGUGGAGACGGCCUCGGAGACGAGAGGACACCGGCACGGGCAGAAGAGAAAGUUGGAGGAGACCAAUGAGGGCAGUGGGAGCGGCUGUGGCAGUGUGCAAAUUCUGGAGGAGCUCUCCGCGCCGGCGGCGACGUUCUCCACUCGUACGGGCGGUGGCGGAGGAGGCGGCACGGGCCAAUCCAUACCUCACUCGGCCCCAACCACCAAAAGCAGUAGCUCCAACGGGGAAGGCGACUAUCAGCUGGUGCAGCACGAGAUCCUCUGCUCGGUGUCCUGCAGCUACGAAGUGUUGGAGUUCUUGGGGAGGGGCACCUUUGGCCAGGUGGCCAAGUGCUGGAAGAGGGGUACAAAUGAGAUUGUGGCAAUUAAGAUUCUAAAGAACCAUCCUUCCUAUGCUCGCCAGGGACAAAUCGAGGUGGGAAUCCUGAACAAGCUGAGUGCAGAGAAUGCGGACGAGUACAACUUUGUGCGCUCGUAUGAGUGCUUCCAGCACAAGGGUCAUACAUGCUUGGUGUUUGAGAUGCUCGAACAAAACCUGUAUGACUUUCUCAAGCACAGCAAGUUCAGCCCGCUGCCGCUUCGGCACAUUAGACCGAUCCUACAGCAGGUGGCCACGGCACUGAUGAAGCUCAAGAGCUUGGAACUGAUUCAUGCGGACCUCAAGCCUGAGAAUAUUAUGCUAGUGGACCCCCUCAGGCAGCCGUACAGGGUAAAGGUCAUCGACUUUGGCUCGGCAAGCCACGUUUCCAAGGCUGUGUGCUCAACAUACUUGCAGUCUCGCUACUACAGGGCUCCUGAGAUCAUUUUAGGUCUGCAAUUCUGCGAGGCGAUCGACAUGUGGUCUCUGGGCUGUGUGAUUGCGGAGCUCUUUUUGGGUUGGCCCCUCUACCCCGGAGCCUCAGAGUACGAUCAGAUUCGCUACAUUUCUCAGACUCAAGGCCUGCCAGCUGAGUACCUACUGAGUGCAGGCACGAAAACCAGCCGCUUUUUCAACCGAGGACCGGACUCGAGUUACCCACUUUGGAGACUGAAGACACCAUCAGAACACGAAAUGGAGAUGGGCAUCAAAUCCAAGGAAGCUCGAAAAUACAUCUUCAACUGUUUGGAUGACAUGAUGCAGGUCAACCUUUCAUCGCAUUUGGAGGGGACCGACAUGCUGGCUGAGAAAGCUGACAGACGAGAGUUUAUAGAUCUCCUGAAGAGGAUGCUCCGCCUGGACGCUGACAAGAGGAUCACGCCUACCAAGACACUGGGUCACCCUUUCGUCACAAUGAGCCACCUCAUGGAUUAUCCACACAGCUCUCACGUGAAGUCGUGCUUCCAGAACAUGGAGAUCUGCAAGCGCCGCAGCACCUACGACAGCAACAAAUCUCUCUACUCCACCAAUGCCGUCCCCAGCGCUGCGGCAGGAAACCUGACUGUUACCUUCAGUAGCCAACUCAACCAGCAUAACCAGGUGCCUUCUGCGGGGGGAGCGGUGCCUUUACUAAAUUAUCAGCCGGCGUUGUACCAGCAGGCGACCAUCAACAUUCCCGGUCUGACUCAACAGAGUGUUCCGAUUCAAACGCGUCCUGCUGGGCUGUGUAGCCAGGCAGAACCCUUCCAGCAGACUCUGAUUGUUUGCCCACCUUCCACCAUUCAAGGGCUGCAGUCAUCAAGCAAGAGCUCCAGUUUCCCUGUGAGAAUGGAGAACUCGGUUCCUAUCGUACCUCAGAACCAGCCUGCCCAGUCCCUGCAGAUCCAGCCCAGCAUGCUCACGCAGGGUUCCUGUACACCCCUGAUGGUGGCCACCCUGCACCCACCCACGUCAGGCAUAGCCUCGCAGUAUUCUCUACCCGUGGGGCUAGGUACUGGGGUGGGUCGGCCCACCCUCUUGGAGCACACAGCUACGGUGCUGCAGGCCUGGCCCACCGGAACUCAACAAAUUCUCAUCCCGUCAUCAUGGCAGCAGGUCCCCGGCGUCGCCAUUCACAGCUCUGCUCACCAGACAAAUAUUGCGGAGUCACCACGGGACUCCCAUCACUCUGAUGCCACUGCCCAGCAGGGACACAACUGGAGGAGCACAACGCAAACCAAAACUCAGCAAGAGAGGAAAAAGGUCAAGGCGAGGCGAGGAGAGAACAGAAAUAGGGGUGUGGCCACCACGUCGUCGAUGCUCAGCACCAACGCUGUGACGUCGUCCAGCCUCAUGGCCACUUUGUCGCAGCCCAUCGUCAUCUCUGACACGCCCAGCCCGGCGGUCAGCAUCAUAACAAUCCACAGCGACACCGACACGGAAGAUGAGCGCAAGUUUCACCCUGCCAGUGUUACAUUGGGCCAACGCACUAAUGUGAUCAGCUGCGUGACCGUGCACGACUCCGACUCGUCCACUGCCAGCCCCCUGACUCCGCAUCCCCGCACGCUCAACGCAGCCAGCACCGUUUCGUCUCGCCAGGCCAAGUCUCUGGCCGUGGUGGCGCCUUCGAUCAAAAUUCAGGCGCCCGAGAGAGGAGCAUCUUCACGUAGCCGCUCAGAAACUGUGAACUACAUGAAACCCAAGAGAAUGUCCCAUCAGCAGCCAAGUAGUUCGGGGGAGAGCCUGGAGCGACAUGGGCUGAUGCUUAGCCAGUCACGCCCUUUAAACCUCAGCCAGGUGCAGCCCCUGGUGUCUUCAUCUCAGGAGCGCACAGGGGCGUCCCACGGCGAUUCAUCGUUACGUCGGCAGCAGACCUUCCCCGCGGCCGCCUCGGCUCCUCACUACAACUUCCCCGAGGUGUCGGCCCUGGCCUCCGUCUCGGCCGCCGCCGGGCCCGGCCUGUACACCUACCCGGCCUCCACCGCCCUCUCAUCCGCCUCUCAGGUCAUGGAGCAGCUGCUGGGCCGCGGCCACGCCGGGCACGGAGGCCACGGACACUCGGGACACUCCCCCUCCGCCUAUGCAGCCACAUACACCUCUUCUUCCUCGUCCUCCAGGAGAGACUCGGCCAGCCGCAAGGAUUCCGUCAGCAGUCUGCUGCACGGCCUGCCGGCGGUCUACCAGCAGCAAUUCGCCGCGGCCUCUCCAUACAUGAGUGUGACGCCGCGGGCGGAGGCGUACGGCGCCUACCAGUUGAGCCCCAGACGCCUCGCACAGUACCCCUACCUAUAAGAUUCUUGAUUCGCUUACUUAGCACCACCAAGGGACGACCGUCACUUAAUCCGAUUGCUGCUUUUCACCCCGAGGCUUGUCCUUUCCAUUUAUUUUCCCUUAGGAAAUAUUAUAUGACACCCUUAUUUUAUCCACUUCAUAUUAGGAAUUGCGGUUCAUUGUUUCUUUGUGUGAAGAGAGAUUCCGCUCCUGUCACAAGCUGCGAUGACCCUUUUAGGCCCGCUUCCUGUGCUAGUGGAGGACUAGCUGACACUAAUCCAGUGAGUCCCGGUGUUCUAGCCAACCUAACAAUAAUUGUACUUGACCCACGUCCGUUGAUUCACAAAUAUGUCUUUUGCUCUGUUUAAAUCGUUUUGUCUGUGUGCGGUGGGAACACGAUGACGUUGGGGGUUUAAUCUGCGAAGGGUGACCCAAAUGUGACGGCUCCUUGUUAAUUUAAGUGCACAUGUGAUCGUGUGUUUAUGUAGUGACAGUGUUUUAGGGCAGAUAAACCAUGCAAUAGUUUUUUUUUUUUAAAAUUUUGCAUUUCCGUUUAACUGAAUGUAUUUAUGAAGUCCCGAUGACUCAGAUCGUCAUGUGACAAAUGACAUGAAAAGCUUUUUGGGUUUGGAAAAAAAAAAGAUCCGGUUUCUCUUUAAAAGAUUCAUAAAUCCAGAUUGUCAUAGGCACACCUGUUAAAUGACACGGCCGCUAGCCACUGUUGUAGGACCUCUUUGAUGGAUUGAAGUAAGGCCAGUUUUUAUUGUUGUUGUAAAAAUAAAAUAAUUGUCCCUUGGGGAUGCUCACUAGCUGCAGUACUCAUUAACUGCUGAAUAUUGGCAUAUCUUUUGGUUGAUUACUCACUGGUGCGUAACAAGCUCUUAUGGGAAUGAGUUAAAAAAAAAAAAUAAUCUAGCCAAAACGUUGCAGAAGAGAGAUGUUUUCCUUCAGGCGACCGUGGGCUUUUUAGGCGAUCCUUCCCUGUUUGUGUUUGCAUUGUUUUGUGUUGUAAUGUCUUGAGUAUUUAAGUGUAAUUUGACUUUAUUCUUGUAGGUAAAGAUGCUACUCUGUAGAACUAAUUCAGGGAAAUGUUUCAGCUCAAUAAUCCAUCACUGUUUGCAAUAAAAUCACCACGAACACAA